UUAAAGAUUAUUAGAAAUAUUACAAUAUUGAAUAUUCUACAUAUUAUGUAUUACAAAUUUAUCACAGCUACAUUUUAUUCUUGAACUAUUGUACUACACUAGAGAUAUUACUUUAAUUCCUACAGAAAAAUUCAAUUUUUUUAUAAAAUCUUCGUGACAGACAAGUCACUUUUCAUAAACAGUUACUGGAAAUUUGUAUAGGUACCCAAAAUACACAAAUGCAUACCUCUGAUUGAUAGUUUAAAAAAAACUAUUUCUAUAAUGCCGAAUUUGCCACCUUUUUUUAAUGGAAAGAUUAGCGGUGUAUUAACUUUGUUUGUAUUAGAUAUAUCAUGGUAUAAUAGUAGUGUAAAAAGUACCUAUGUACAAUUCGAAUGGACUGGAUGUCAAGAAAAACAAAAACUUUUAACAUCUAAAUAUUCUAAGAUAACUUAUGAUAUUCGAACUAGCUACAAAUCAUUUUUGCACUACCUUUUAACGUGUACAUUAAGAUGUUCAAUUAAAAAUUAUGAAAAUAAAACAUUAGCUCAUGCGACUAUGAAAAACUUAUUAAUAGAUCAAAAUAACCAGCUGAUAAAAACUUUACCGCUAAUAAAUAAUGAGGAAAUAGUUGGUACUUUAAAAUUAUGUUUUAAUGUACAAACAUUCAAUGACACGUCAUUUGACAAUGACAUAAAAUUUUUAAAACAAUUUGGAAUUCAGGAUGAAGUAUUAAAAACUAAAAAUGACGAAGAGUUUUAUUAUCCUGAAAUAUUUGAACAUAGAAAAAAUGUAAGAGUAAAACCCACUAGUUCUUUAUCAUUAAGAUCUAAUAAAAGCAAAGAAGAACUAACUAGUGAUUAUUUAAUGGGCAAAAAUAUGGAUCCUGAUGAAGAAGAAGAGGCUUUUAAUACAUUAAGAGUAAUGCCAAAUAAUUCUGCUGAAAGUAUAGUUAGUGCAGCCGAAAAAAUUGGUAUUUAUUCACCACCUCAGUCCCCAUUAAACAUUCAAGGCUCUACCAAAAUUAUGACAGUCAAAAACCCUGGCAUAAAAAAUAUGAAGAAAUCUUGUGAAAAAUCCAACAAAAGUGAAUUAAAAACAAGCUUCUCUAAACAAUUACAUAAAGCACCUAUGCCAAAAGACGAUAUGUAUUUACAUUUAUCAAUCCUAUCAAUUAAUGUUUAUCGCACAGUUAAGUCCCUUCAAAACUGUACUAAUUGCACAUACAUUGUACAGUGCCUUAAAGAUCAAGAACCAUAUAAACUAUUGAGGUUCAUGACAAAACAAGUAGACAAUAAUGUUGUAAAAUUCAAAAGUGUCACUCAAUCAUCACGUUUAGAAGGCAGUACAGUUAAAGGUGUCACUAUUAAAGUUUAUGUGCGACUUCUUAGUGAACGCUGUCCUAUAGUUCUGGGUGAAACAAAACAAAUGUUAGAUUGGACUGAAUUUUCAACUACUUUCAAUGUUCCGAGAUUUAUUAAAGUUCCUAUAUGGAAUAAUGAUAAAAUUACUGGACACGUGUCUUUGUCAUAUGAAUUUUCUAAAACACCUACAAUCCAAAAAUAUGAAAAUAAUUUUUCUGAAAAUCAAAAAAAUAUAAUUGACAAUAUAGAUCAUAAAACCCAACAAAAUAAAUUUAUUGAAACAUCUAAUCCAGUUGAGACUUUAAAUAAAAAAAAUGUAGAAGAUUAUAAAGAUACCAUUUUAUAUCAGACAAAAGACCAAAUGUUUAUGUAUAAUAGACUAUACCCUGAAAGUAUUGAGAAUAAUUUUGAAAAUAAAUUACCGUUAAAUGAAUUUCCAAAAAUAGAAUCAACUAAGGCAACAAAAGAAAAAGAAAUUCAAACUAACUUAGAAGUUCGUCAAUUUAGCAAAUCUGUGCAAACUCAAAUAAAAUCUUUUAAUGUUGCUAUACAAGUAAGUAGUGAUGAAUUAGAAGAUCCAAAGGAAAAAUUAGAUUAUUGUGAUGUACAUAACAUAUUUCGUUGUACUCAUGAAUUUACAUUUAAUAUUGAAAAAAAAUGUGAUUCCAAAUUCAACUAUGUAACAUAUCAAUUUCCAGAAUGUGUUACUAAUAACAUUGGAAAAGUGAUCUCCUGUUGUCGAACAUUCAGAACUUAUGGUAACACUAAUAUUCUACAUUUAAUUAUACUACCUACAACAAUUCCUUUAGAAACUUAUUUUUAUAAUAAUUAUAAAAAAGCAGCUAUUGUAUUAAAUCUUUAUAAAAAUAAUGACGAUUCUCCGGAAAAGGUGUCACUUCUAUUAUCUCAUUUAAUUGAUAUGGCAAAUAAGUUUAAAACUUCACAUAUUGCCAAAAAUUUAAUUUUAAACAAUAAUUUAUCAAUACCUGAAUUAUCUAAUAAUAACGUUAACGUACAAAUACAUUACAAAAGAGUAUACCACUCAUUUCCAUCUCCUCAACCAAAACUUAAACACUCACGUGUUUCAUCUUACAAGCCAUUACAAAAAAAUUCAAAAAUUAUUGUUGACUUGACUGAAUCAGAUUCUGAAGAUACUAUUAAUAAAACAUAUACAUUAUUAAAACACAAUGAUGGAUUUAUUGAUUUGACUGUAGAAAGCAGUACACAAACAGAUGCAGUACCUGUUAAAAUUUCACACGAUUGCAUAACUCAGACAGAAAAUAAUUUGAACCCAGAAUGUAUAAUUAUUGAUGAUGACAGUAUUUCAAUUGAAAAUAAAACAGAAAAUGUAAUGGGUACAGAUCAAAUUACUAUUAUUAAAAAUCAACCAAAUCAUACAAAUACAAAAAUUACACAAAACACAUCAAUUAUUGACCAUAGUGAUAUUUUUAAAGCUAAAGUAACUAUUAUUGAAGGAUAUAAUUUACCAAAAGUUAAACUAAAUGGUGAUACCAAACCUUCGGCUCCUACUACAUAUGUAAUCAUGGAAGAUUACAGAGAAAAUAAUUUAUCAACGUCAUCUGUUGUACAACAAAUAAACCCCAAAUGGAACAGUGAAUGGACUGUGGUUAUACCUAGGAAUAACUUAAUAGAAAGAAAAUGGCUAAUAUUAGGAUUGUGGUGUAAGAAGUAUAUAAAUGAAUAUGCAGGACAUGAUCCAAAACAAGACAUGAGACUUGGAUUUAUUUUAAUAGAUUUAUCUACACUUGAUAAUAAUCUCAAUAAGUCUUGUGGGUUGUAUGAUGUCAUAAGUGAAACUGAAGAAUACCGUGGAAAAAUUAAAGUUGCAAUAGAUCAAUUUAACAGUAUCGAUCCUUGUGUAAAUAAUAAUUUUAUACCUCAACUAAUUAAUGAAAAUAGUAUUACUCAAACAAAAAACAAUAGUAUAAGUCAAAAAUCAAAUGACGGUCUCAUAAAUGAAAUGCUCAAAAAAAUGCAAAUUGAAGAUAAUUUUCUUGUCGAAACAAGAAAUCUCAGUAAUUCUGUUGCAGUUGUAGAUGAAAAUUGUGAUAAAUGCAUAGAUCUUACUGAGAAUUCUCUCGAAAAGUUCAAUAAAGAUCUUUUUAAGAAUACAGCUACUGAAUCCAAUUCAAAUGGUUUUUAUAAUAACAAUAAUGUAUUUGACAAUAUGGGAACUAUAAGUUCUGUUACAUCUUGGACAAGUUCUUCAGAUGAUAUAUUAUGUUCAAAUAAUUCUCAGAUCGUGAACAAUAUUCUAAAUAACAAAACUAAAAUGAAUCGAAUAAAACAAAUUAUUCGAGGUUAA